CCUGUAUAGUUACAAUCUGAUAAGGUUAGAAUGAGUCAGACUUAUCAAACAAUCAAUAAUUCGGCUGGUUUAGUCAGUGUGUCAUUUUACGCGGUAAAAAAAGGUCGUGUGAUGGAGCAUCCAGCUUUUGCCGACGCCGGAGCAAGUCCUGGACUGGAAAUUUGGACUAUUGAUAAAUUCGAGCCUGUCCCCGUGGACUCUAAAACGUAUGGAAAAUUCUACAACGGCGACUCAUACAUAAUUUUGAAGACAACAGGACGAAGCGAUUCAGCCCUCUCCUACGAUGCACAUUUUUGGCUCGGCGCGAAGACUACCCAAGACAAGAAGGGGUCGGCAGCCAUCUUGACGGUGACGCUGGACGAUAUGCUGGGCGGCAAGGCGGUUCAGCACAGGGAAGUCCAGGGUCACGAGUCCAGCCAGUUCUUGGGGUACUUCCAGCCAGCAAUCAGAUACUUGGAAGGUGGCAAUGAGUCUGGCUUCAACGAGGUGGAGACCAACGCUGGGGCUGAGAAGAGACUGCUGAGACUUUCCGGCUGUGACAACAUGAGGAUUGACGAGGUACCAGCAGACGCCUCGUCCCUCACCAAAGAGAACUGCUUCAUCCUGGAAGUGGAACAUGAUAUCUUCGUGCUGAUGCCGGAGGGAGCCAAGGCGACGCAGCGCAGAAAGAUCAUCAGCGUUGCCAACCAGUUGAGAUUCGAGGAGCAUAAUGGGAGAGCUACAAUUGAAAUCAUUGAUGAAUUCUCCGACGACGAUGAUGUAGCUUUGUUCUUCAACGCAUUAGGAUCUGGAUCUAAAGAUGACAUUCAAGAUGAUGACGCCUCAGAGGGCUACUCCCGCGCAGACAUCAACGCCGUUUACCUGUACAAGGUGUUGGUCGGCGAUGACCUGGAUCUGGUGGCUCUGAACAAGCCGUUCAAGCAGAAACAGUUGGCUUCCGAUGAAGUGUACAUUCUGGAUACGCCCUGCAGUGGAAUCUACAUCUGGCUGGGUGACGAUGUGGACGGUGAAACCAAGAAGAACUAUUAUGAUAUUGUCCAGAAGUAUUUGGACGCGAAGGGAUAUCCGGCUUGGGUUCAUGUCACGAGAGUAGCAGAAGGCGUUGAGUGCUCCAAUUUCAAGCAAUACUUCCACAAUUGGGAUACUGUGAACAGCGGUUAUUCUGUCAAAGGCAUGAUGUCGGACGCUGAUGCAGGAUACUACUCUGGGGAUGCAGAAGAGUCUGCUGCGGCCGCCAAGCAGAUUGGAAAGAGCGCAUCAGCCCGGGGAUACAUGCCAGAUCAGGGGGAAGGCAGUCUCACUGUCACUAGGUUCGCUGGUGACCAGGAAGACGUAACGGAGAGGUUCGAGUCAGGUCUGUCUUUGCUGUACCAGAGCGAGGUCUACGUGGUCAAAUACCAAUACACCAAUGACAGUGGUGAAGACGCUUACGUCUUGUACUUGUGGAUUGGUGCCGACGCUUCAUCGCAAGACAAGACUUCAGCUUACGAGCUGACUUCUGACCUUGAGCAGGAGUUGGACAACGUGACCGUGGUCAAAGUGCCUCAGGGUAAAGAGCCCAAGCACUUUUUGAGCAUUUUCAAAGGCGAUCUCGCCAUUGUCUUUGGCGGCAAAGACGAAGAUUACAAAGCUACAAACUCCAAAAAAUCAUAUGAUGACGACAAAAUACGCCUAUUUAGGGUGGAAGGUACCGAGUUAGGUGUUGACAUGCGCGCGUGCCAAGUUGAGGAAUCAGGUUCAGUGCUGGAGGAUGACGAUGUCUUUGUGUUGGAGACUGCCGACAAAGUCUACGUUUGGUCUGGGAAGGAGUCAAUACCUUCCGAAGCCGAGGCUGCUCAGAAGUUCGUUCUGAAGGUGGUAGGGGAUGAAAAGGAGGUCGAACAAGUCGAGCAAGGGAGCGAGCCUGACGAGUUCUGGGAUGCUCUAGGAGGAGCUCCGGAUGAGAAAGAAGACGCGUCAGGAUGGAAGCUGAACUACAACCGGCGGGUGACCGCGCCCCGCAACCUGACAGCUGUCACUGUCACUGUCACCGGCAAGGUCAAGUUUGAGGAGUUGCCGCUCGAGUUCAAACAAGAGGAUCUAUCAGACGAUGGAGUCUACGUCCUGGACACGGGAGAGGAAUUGUACCUUUGGCAAGGCGCCAACAUACCGGAGAGGGUCAAAGCAGUCAGGAGUAACAUAAUUAAGGAGUACAUAGAUGAUGACGGGCUGGACCGCACUGUGGACUCAGCGGUUGUAAUCUCCGUGAAGCAGGGUAACGAACCGGCCGUGUUCAGGAAGCUGUUCCCGGACUGGGAUCCUGACAUGUGGAGUAACCAAACAUCAUACGACGAUUUGAAGGAUGACGCGAAGUCGGCCAAUUCUUAGACUAGUAUUAUAACAAUCAAUAAAACAAUAAUAAAUAAACAACUACUUACAUUUAUUUGCUAAUAUUUACAUUAUAUUAAAGAACAAAAUAUGACUUAUUACAAAAAAAAUAUUAUA